CAGACGUAUAAAUGCUUAGACCGUUAUAAACCAAGAAAUCAGUCGAGGUCGAGCUCUCGAGACAGUCAGAUCCGAAGAAUUUUUGUUAAAGCAGCUGAAUUCAACGUGCGAGAAGAUGGCAAAAUUAAUACUGUACGUCUUUAUAGCGUUGCUAGCCGCGUCUCUUAUCAUGGCCGAUACGAAGUCGUGCGGUCGACAUGGUGACCCUUGUGUUAGCGACUCAAACUGCUGUGAAAAUAUAAAAUGUCAUCGUUAUGCAAAUAGAUGUCAAGUCCAAAUUACAGAAGCGGAAUUGAUGGCACAACGUGAGAAGAUUUUGGGCCGAAAGGGCAAAGAUUACUAGAAUGAAUAAGUUUUCUGGAUAGAAAUAUUUUUUAUACAAUAACAAUCUUUUAAUAAUUUAUCAUUUUCUCAAAUCUGAAGACUGUAUCUUGAGAAAAUAAGCAGGCAGUUAAUAUGUAACAAUUGUGUAAUAAGUUGAAAAAAAACUUGACAUACAUAUGUAUAUUCGUCGUUGUAAGUAUAAUGCAAUAUCUCACGAAAAUUGAGAAUAAAAGCUGAAUUUAUAUAU